CCCAUGUCGUCCUCUGCGAGGCUGGACUAGAAUUUCAACUAGUCCUCGCGAGAGUGGACACAUGGCGAAGGAAUUUGAGGCCAUAAACCCCAAACGCCGGGUGCCUGUGCUGAUAAUGGAAAAAGAAGUCAUUACUGAAAUGUCAGCCGUUCUUACGGCUAUCGCAACGGUUACACCAGAAGCGCACAACUUUGGGAAAACUCCGCUGGAGAAAAUCCGAGUGUACGAGCCAUCCUUUCUGUCUGGGUUGUGCCUGACAUUGAAGCCUGUAAACCUGGACCGUUUGGGUAAAGAUUACGUACAGGCCUGAAGAAAUUCGAUGUAGUCGGGACGGCUCUGAAAAUUGUUGGUGUUGGGCUUUUUACAACGAGUCUGACUCUUGGGCCAGGAGACGGCUGGAAAUCUGCCCAUGUAAUUGCAAUGUUAAUUGUCGGCUCCUUCUUACUCGUGGGAUUUGUCAUUUGGGAAAGAAUUUGCCCAAAUCCUUUGAUACCGCUUCAUAUAUGGAAAGAUAUGGGAUUUUCCUUCUUAAUGCCUGUUUCAAUAUUUGGCAUCACGGCAAUGCUUUCUUCCAACCUUUGGCUCGCCCUAUUCUUACAAGAAGUCCACCAUCGUUCCGCUCUGGCGGUUGCUGUGCAGCUUUUACCGCAAGUCAUAUCAGCUAUCAUUUCUAAUAUCGUAGCUGCAAAUAUUCUGCACCGAGUCAAUAACAGCCUUAUCAUGGCGUUUGGUGCGGCUAUGUAUCUGAUGUAUGUUAUGCAGUUAUUACCAUCUCAGCAACAGUCGUUAGCCGGUGGCAUCUUCAAUAUGUUCAUUCGCUUAGGGGCGACUAUUAUUUUCGGAAUGUCUACUGCAGUAUAUAGUUCAGUUAAAACCGCUCAGGAGGGGAAAAAUGACGCUUCAAGCCUUUCAAGAGCGCAUUUUAUGUUUCUCUAGGGUUUGCUGCUCUAGCUUGCUUGUUUGUUUCUUUUCUACGAAUCGGUACACAGGGAAAUUCUCCGAAAGAGGAG